CCCGGCCCGAGGCUCUGAUGCUGUCGCUGCCGCCCGGGCUGCUCCGCCGCCUGCGGGAGGCGCCGCAGCCGUCCCCAGCCCCGUCGCAGCUGUCCCCUGCUCCCGCCCUGCCGCUGCCGCCCUUCACGUUCGCUCCCCGCCGGCUCCGGCUCGGCCCCCACCACCCGCUCUUUGAGGAUGGGGACGUUCACAGGCACCUCUAUCUCCAGGGUGUCCUCACCAGCCUCGGCGAGGUGGCGGAGAAGCCCAAAGUAUCUGAAUUCAGUUGCCACAUCCCUGGGUGCUGCCAGGUCUUUGACACACUGGAAGGCUACGAGCACCACUACAACACACUGCACAGGAACGUCUGCUCCUUCUGCAAGCGCUCCUUUCCAUCUUGGCAUCUCCUGGAUAUCCACAUCUUGGAGUGGCAUGACUCACUCUUCCAGAUAAUGGCUGAAAAGCAAAACAUGUACAAGUGCUUGGUAGAAGGCUGCACAGAGAAGUUCAAGAGCAGCAAGGACAGAAAGGAUCACUUGGUCACUGUUCACCUUUAUCCUACUGACUUUCGGUUUGAUAGACCGAAGAAAGUGAAAAGUGGCCCCAAGCACAUGAACAAUCCCACAAAGCAGGAUGUCAGUGUGCCGAUGGAUAUGAUUGUGGAGACAGAGCAAUUCCAAGUGGAUCCCAUGGAAGUAGCACCAAGUGAGACCAUGGAGAUCCCUGAGACUGCAGCCAGUUCUUUCUCCUCAGUGCCAGAGAAACGCCUCUAUAAAUCCAGGAUCCCAUCCACAAUUUGCUUUGGACAAGGUGCUACCCGAGGAUUUAAAGGACCAAGGAAAAAGGUCUGAAGGUCAGUGCAGCAGGUUUGUACAAGACAAGAAGGGGCUGGCUGCUGCUUCCUGCAGACAUUGUCACCAUGACUGAGUGGGGUCAUUUGCAGUGUGUGCAAGGGUCCCACUCCCUAGUGGGAAAGCAGAAGGGUGAAAACAGGGGUUGUGCAGCAGCAGUUUGGGAUACGCAUUGAGAGGAGCUUUGCUACAGUCCCUUUUUGUCUCCAGACCAGCUCCCUUUGGCAGCAUCUCAGAGCUGACCCUUCCUGAAGCACAGCACUGUCUUGCCUGAUCCCCUCUGAAAUCCAACUACAGAUAAAUUCUCCUGCCUCUGUGAGUUUUUGUCUCUCAUCAGUGCCAGGACUGCUCUGGGCAGCAGUGGCUCUGUAGAUAGAUGGGCACAUCUUGCCUGAGCUUGCAGAAACGCAAAUGCUGGUCUGAAACUCCAGGCAGCUGCAGGGAUCCAAUAGGCUUUCCUCUGCAAGGAAUCACUAUCAGAAAUGCAGCAGAGAUAACAUGGAGCAAAACACAGUCCCCCUCUUCCUGCAGGACACCCUCCCAGCUCCCUCCCAUAGCCCUGGGGCAGGUUGUCACACUUCCCUGCCAGCUGUGCUUGCACAGGGGGGUGGCAAAAUAAAAUCCAGAGGAAGAGCAAAGGAGAUUACAACAAUUCAUUGUUUUAGUUUUGUUCUUUCAUUUUCUUCUCUUUUCCCUUUUAAAGCUCCAGCAAGCACAGCCCUUGAGACGUGGGGCAGGUUGAGCUCACACAGAGCCUCAGACUGCAGCAGACAGUGCUGGUGGACUUGCAGCGGCAUGGAGGUGAGAGGAAAUGGGUUGCUGCAGCUGAGCCUACACAGGGUUAUCAUCUUGAUUCUUUCCUUUUGGGGGAAGAAAUGGAUUCAGGGAAUUCCAAGACAAAACCUGAUGACUCUACAGGAGCUGUGGCCACUGACAAAAAGAAAAUGGGGGGGAAAAAAAGACAUUGGUCCUUAAUUUUGACCUGCAUCUCACUGAAGGCUGCUCCGCUCCCUAACACUUUCUCUGGAACCCGUAUGAAAGGUUUGCUUAGGCCGGGAGAAGCAUUCUGGUGCCCUGCAGCUCUCUUCCACAGGGAGUUGACAUGGAAGUGGCUUCCAACGAGGUGAAUAAAUAAAGAAGUUUUUACAAAAUAACUUUGUAGAGAAUUUAAAUGCUGUCUUGAAGCCCAGGCAGAGUCAGAUGUGAAGAAUGAACCUCCCUUUGCUCCAGAUACCCCCACAAUCAGGUUGAGAUGGAGGUUAUUUUCCCCUCUUGUCUUUCCCUUCCUUUUUAAUCUCAUCCUGACAGAGGAAAAGGUUGAUUGGAAACACAGAGCCGGGUCUCUGGUCCUGUAUCACUUUUAAAAUGGCCCAUAAAGGAGGGGGAAAAACCCAGGAGAUUGCAGGAAUGAUGUUUAUCCAAGAAGCUUAGGAUCUGUGAUUGCUCUUUUCCCUCCCCCCUCUCUGGGUGGAACAAAGGAUAAAAAGGGCUUUGCAAAAUCCUUGCAAAUAGGAGCAGGGAAUGAUGCUUGCAGAGAUUUCCCUGUCAGUUUUAGAAUGCUUUGCUGUGUUUAAAACUCAGCCAGCUUGUCUGGCCCUAAUCCUUCUUCCUCAGCCUCCAGAGAGAGCUGUCUUUGGCAGGCAAACCCUCUGUCCAGGAGGUCCAGCUUCACCUCCUCCUGCUGCUGGUCCCCCAGAGACAGUCCAUGGUGCAGGACAGGGAAGACCAGGCUCUGUCACCACCUUUGUGGCCACCACCCUGAUGCUGCUGCCACAUGUCUGCACAGGAACGUCUAUCAGCAGUGACCAGCAAUGACCAAAAAUCACCUUCCAACACUGCAAGCCCUUAAUGAGGCGUCUUUCCCCAUGCUGGAAUAACGAGAUUGGAAGCAGGCAUCAUGUCACAGGAAAUGCCUGCAUGCUUUGGCCUGUGGUGGUACAAAGAUCAAGCAGCAGCAGCCCAGUCCACUUCCCCUUAUGUGUUUAGGUCCUGAAUUUCCACCUGGAAGUUCCUUUCUUCCCUUUUCCUAGACUCCAGGCCCAGAGGUUAAGUAAAAGAUUAAUACUGUAAUUACA